AUGUCUUUACUUGAAGGCGGUGAUAGACGUCGUUAUAAUCUACCUUCACAUGAUGAAGUUCCAGUUGUAUUUGUUGGCGAAGAUGGUGCUCCCCCAACUUCCAGGGAAGUUGUUAUUUACCCAAGAGGUCAUCCUUUAAAAAUUGUAUCAAAAAAUUUAUAUCCGGGUCAGAAUGCGAAUGAUAGACCUGAUUUGGUUACUCGAGUAUUUAAACUCAAGUUAAAUAACCUCCUCAAUGAUAUAUUCAAACAUGGUGUAUUAGGCAAAGUUGUAACGCAUGUUCAGGUUAUUGAGUUUCAAAAGCGUGGUUUGCCGCAUGCCCACAUUUUACUUCAUUUAGUAAAUGAUGAUAAACUUGAAACAUCACAGGAUAUCGAUAAUUUGAUUUGUGCAGAAAAUCCAGAUCCGAUAGUUAAUUGUGAACUUUAUGAUAUUAUCAAAACUUGCAUGAUUCACGGCCCAUGUGGGAUACUGAAUUCAAAUUCUUCCUGCAUGAAAGAUGGGGUGUGCAGCAAAAAUUAUCCUAAAGAUUUUAAUGCCAACACAGUAGCUGUUCACAAUGGUUAUCCGCGCUAUAGGCGUCGUGAUAAUGGGUUGGUUAUCAAUAUUAAAGGCAACAAUGUAGAUAACCGUUGGGUGGUACCUUAUAAUCCUUGGUUAUCAAAGAAAUAUCAAGCCCACAUUAAUGUUAAAGCUUGCGUGUCUGUAAAGGCUGUUAAAUGUUUGUAUAAAUACAUAUACAAAGGGCAUGAUUGUGCGAAUGUUUUGAUAAAUGAACAGGUUAAACACGAUGAAAUAAACACUUUCUUAGAUUGUCGUUAUGUUAGUGCACCUGAGGCACUGUGGCGAAUAUUUGAGUAUCCCAUAAGUCAUAUGUCACACUCUAUUAUCCGUCUUAAGGUUUAUCUUCCUGAGAAUCAGAUUGUGUAUUUUAGAGAAGGAGAAGAACAAGUGGCUUUAGAUCGUGCUGCUCAACGUGAUACACACCUUACGGCCUGGUUUAAAUUGAAUUCUGAAAAUGAAGGAGCCAAUCGCUAUUCAUAUGUUGACAUUCCAUAUCACUUUGUAUUUGAUGAUAAACAUUGUAAAUGGAAGGUUAGACAAAGAGGUAGAAAUAAGGUGAUAGUAAGAAUGUAUAAAGUUAGUCCAACAGGAAAAUUAUUUUUUCUUAGAUUGUUACUUUUACAAGCAAAAGGAGCAAAAUCUUGGGAGGAUUUGCGUACUGUUAAUGGAAUAGUUCUUGAAACCUUUCGUGAAGCGUGUGUUUUUAAUGGUUUGUUGCAAGAUGACACUAAAUGGCAGAAUAAUCUUUCUGAGGCAGUUUUAACGCAAAUGCCUAAGCAAAUCAGGCAGCUGUUUUCAAUUAUUUUAACCUUUUGUGAACCUGGUGACCCUUUGCAUCUUUGGAAUUCAUACAAAGCUUUUAUGAUGGAGGAUUUCAUUCAUCGCCAAGUUCCAUUUAUAUUAGCUGAACAAACUACUCUUCUUCAAAUCAAAAAGAUUAUUAAUCAAAGUGGUAAAACGCUAUCUGAUUAUAAUUUGCCUGUUGUUGAUGAAUUUAUAGAUUUUAAUCAAGAAAAUUUAAAUGAUAAUUUUCAGCAAUCAAUUGACGAAGCUAAUAGAAUGAGACCGCUUCUUAAUGUCAAUCAAUUAAAUGUAAGUAAUGCUGUCCUUGCUGCAUUGAACGAGCAACCAUGUGUAGAAAAUCAACAUUCCAGAUUGUUUUUUAUGGAUGGACCAGCCGGUAGUGGCAAAACUUUUACAUAUAAUUAUUUGAUUGCUGAAAUGAGCAGUAGGGGUGUUAAAUCUGCUACAGCUGCAUGA